AUGGCCGCUCCUGCACAUACUGCCUCCACCCCCAACGCGGCCGCUUCUGCAGCUGCGCUGGCCUUCUUCCACUCUGCGACGGCUGUCUUUUCGUCUGCCUGGGCGCAGCAGCAUCGUGACGCCGACGCCGACGAGGAUCCUGCGAGCUCAGCGUCCUCUGUGCCAUGGAGCCAACAUGGCAGCCGUCUCCGAGCGGACGUGGCGGCGCUGGCGGCGAUUGACGAGGCACAGGACGACACUGACGUUCCGGUCCAUCUCUUGCGCGCGUGUCUCAAGAUUGGCCAAGACGUGAUUUUGCGACUUGAUCGACUGGAAAACUCCGCCAAGGUCGCCUGGGAUCUUGGUGAUCUCGUUGUGCUCGCAGAGCGACUCGACAGCUUGAUCCAGCAAACUCACGACGUCGAAAAUUCCCCCUUUAUCCGCACAAGUCCGGCUGAAGAGCUCCGCUCGCUGGAACGACAGCUCGCCGUCCGCCUGGCGCCGCACGCGCCGCACGGCGACGCGUACGACAACGGCGAGCAGAAGGUCGACGCCCAAGGCGGAUCCAAGGAGCCCGAUGCCGAGCUCAAGAGGAGCGCGCCUCCGGAGGACCAGCCGCGGGACAUGUCGCCCGAAAUCCUCCAAGACUUUAUCCUCGAGGGGCUCGCGUACAAGAGCAUGCACGACCGCGAGGACGAGGUCACGGAGGCGUACGCGUCCACCUUUGACUGGGUCUUUGCCGACCAGACCGGCGCGCAGCAAGGCGAGGAGGGGGGCCGGGCGCUGAAGCACGGCCUGAAGGACUGGCUCUCGACGACGGCGGCGGGCCCCCUCUACUGGAUCACGGGCAAGCCCGGGUCGGGCAAGUCGACCUUUAUCCGGUACCUGUUCCAGCACCCGGCGACGGCCCAGUGCCUGGCCUCUUGGAGCGGCGACGCGCAGCCCGUGCUCGUCGCCGGCUUCUUCUUCUGGACCAGCGGCUCGCGCGAGCAGCGCUCGCAGACGGGCCUGCUCCGGUCGCUGCUGCACCAGUUCCUCGCGGCGCACCCGGCGUACACGGCGGCCGCGUUUCCCGCCCUCUGGGCGCGGCUGCGGACGAUGCCGACAAAGGCGCGCGUGCAGGUGCGGCUCGACUGGACCGUGGAGGAGCUCCUGCCGGCGUUUCGCGCGUUUAUCCGCGCGGCGUCGGCCGCCAUGAAGAUUUGCCUCUUCGUCGACGGCAUGGACGAGUUUGAGGGGGACCACGCCGUGCUCAUCGACCUCUUUCGCAGCGUCGCCACGGGGCCCGGGUCGCACCAGGUCAAGAUGUGCCUGUCGUCCCGGCCCUGGGCCGUCUUUGCGGAUGCCUUUGCCUUUGCCGUCCCCAAUCUCAAGCUGCAGGAGCUGACGUAUGGCGACAUGCAGCGGUACGUGUCCGAGAUGCUGCGCCAAAACAGCGACAUGAGAGCCACCCUGGACCGUGACCCGGCAGACGGCGCGCGCUUUGUCGAGGCCCUCGUGGACCGCGCCGACGGCGUCUUUCUCUGGGUCCGGCUCGCCGUCGAGAAGAUCCUGGAGCGGUCGUCGGCGCGCGCCGACGGGGUCGAGGCGCUCGCCGCGCAGCUCGUCGCGCUGCCCGCCGAGCUCGACGACCUCUUUGCGCAGCUGCUCUUCGCGGACCAGACGCCGGCGGAGCGGCAGCAGACGGCGACCCUGUACAGCCUGAUGCGCGCGCGCGAGGCCGCGGCCGACUUUGUGCGCAACGACGACGCCAACAACCUGACCGUCUGGGAGCUCGCUUUUGCCCUGGACGAGGACGACGACCGCAUGCUGCUCGACCGGGUGCCGGUGGAAGCGGCCACCGAUAGCUACAUCCGGCAGCGCGGCGAGGCCACGAUCCGCACCAUCCGGCAGCGCUUCGCCGGUCUGCUGGACGUGCACAUCCGGCGCCGCGAGGGCAAGCUUCACAAGCCGCGCGGCAGCAAGCCCCGGCGGCCCUCGGCGCGGGGCCGCGCCCGCAGCCGCGUCGUCUACAUCCACCGGACCGUGCGCGACUGGCUCGUGUCGGGCCCCGGCGGCGUGCACGCGCGGCUGCUGCAGAACCUGCCGGCCGGGUUCGACGCGCACCUGCGGCUGCUGCGGUCGUACGUGCUGCAGCUGAAGCGGCCGCUCGGCGCGGUCGAGCACCAUCGCAUGCUCGACGACUGGUGGCCGGGCAUCACGCUCGCCAUGACGCACGCGCGGUACGUCGCGCGGGACCCGGCGCGGCGGCAGCGGCCGUUUGUGAAUGAGCUGGCCAGCACGGUGGCCUGGUACUGGGCGGCGCGCCCCGACGACCCGUACGACCACUGGGCGCGCAGCGCGUUUGGCAGCUUCGAGGUGCGCGCCAAGGCGCCGCCCAUCUGGCAGCCGUUUCUCGCCCUGGCCGUCAAGUUUGGCCUGCGCACGUACGUGGCCGAGGAGCUGGCGGCCGCGGCGCGACGGGACGAGGACGCGGCGGACGGCGUCGCCGCCGAGCUGCGCGCGCUGCAGGUCGACGACGCCGUGCCGCUGCUGGCGUACGCCACCGAGUACCUGUGCGACCGGCAAAAGACCAUCUACCCGCUGUCGGACCCGGGCCUGGUGGAGGACCUGCUCCGGGCCCCCGCCGCGGGCCGCACCAAUCCGGGCGCCAACCACGGAUACCUCGAGUUCGCGACGAGGGCGGACACGACGCCGUGGCUCGCGGUGCUGCGACACUUGAGGGACGCGCGCCGCCGGCGCUGGAUUAAGCGCUACGACGUCGACGACGACGGCACGAGGCGAUGGGCGCGCAUCGUGCGGCUCUUUCUGGAGGUGGGCGGUGCGGACCCGGACGCGGUCAUCCAGGGGGAUAUGUGGGAUCCGGAAAUUACGGCUGAGGGUGUCUUGGAGCUGCUGGAUGAUACGUAUGCGGACGUGGAGAUUCGGGGUUUGAGGGACUUGCUGCGCGGCCUACGGGAGAAGAGCCAGAAGAGCAAAGUAUAG